AUGGCGAUUAUCAAAACAAGUGGAGGUGAUGAUAUCGUCAAUGAGAAAAGAAGAGAAGACAAUUUAGAAACCUGGAAGGAGUGCUUGAAAAACUACCUUAUUGGGCAAGGCUUAUGGGGAGUAGUCUCUGGAGAUGAACCUAAGCCCGAAGAAAUAGAUCGCAACUACAAGGAUUGGAUGAAGAAGAAUGCUUUGGCUUUGCAUGCCAUUCAAAUUUCUUGUGAGGAAGAUACCAUUUCACAUUUGAUGAGGAGGUUCCCCAACAUUGACUCUGCUAAAUGUAUGUGGGACAACUUGGCUGACAUGCAAUCAGAAGUAACCAGUUAUAAGGAGGAAGCAACAUCAAGCAUCCUCGAGUACAGCAGCCUGCACAUGGCAGUGGAACAAGGUGACUUGAACACUGUGAUGGGAUUGCUGAAGAGGAAUCCCAAUGAUUUGAGAGCUAAGAUAACAGUGAUUGGACAAACAGCACUGCAUGUAGCUGUUUUGGCUGAAAGAGAAAAGAUUGUAGAAGAACUGGUGAAGUUUAUGUCAAAAGAAGAUUUGGAAAUGAAAACCAACUUUGGUAACACAGCCUUUGCUCUUGCUGCCCUGAAUGGAAUGAUAGAUAUGGCUAAGGUCAUGCUGAAAAAGAAUCAAGAUUUGGUUACCAUAAAAAAUGAUUACAAUGGCCAAAUUCCACUUGUUACAGCUUCUUUAUAUGGUCAACAGGAAAUGAUACGCUAUCUUUCUGAGCAUACUCCCAUCCAUUUUCUUCAACCUCGAACUAAUGACAAGAAUGGCGCCACACAACUUAAUUGCCUUAUAACAAAUGAGAUGUACGAUGAAGCAUUGGAUCUGCUUAAAAAGUAUCCACAACUUGGUUACACCCAAGAUUUUCAUAACAACUAUGCUAUCAAAUUGUUAGCCAAUGAACCUUCGGCAUUUUUAAGUGGAAGUAAGCUUGAAUUUUGGAAGCAAUGGAUCUACUCAUGUGUGCCGAAUGUUUAUCUUGGUGAAAUGUCCUCUCGGGAGCCUAAUGAUGAGGAGAAUGGCCAAAGGUCUAAUAGUCCAGGCUCAAAUUAUGGGAAAAUCAAAACAAAACAAGGAUUAGUUGUUGCGUUGAUCAUGGCUUUUGUAGAUGUCCCUAAAAGCAUCAAAGAUUUAAAGCUCAAACACGCUAAAGCCUUGCAACUCCUCAAAGUCAUUGUCAAGGAGAUCCCAACAUUAAGCAAUGAACAACUCAAGAAUAUUGGCUUGGAUCAAGUGAUCUAUGAUGCAAUCAAGUGUGGUUCAUUUGAGUUUAUCAACGAGUUGAUCACAUGCAAUCCAGUAAUUAUAUGGAGAGCUGAUAAAAGAGGAAGAACACUAUUUGCACAUGCAGUCACACUUCGUCAAGAAAAAAUCUUCAACCUAAUCUAUGGAUUGGGUGCAAAGAGACGUACAUUUGUGAUUCAGAGUGAUGUGUUUAGAAACAAUUAUUUACAUUUGGCUGCCAAGUUGUCUCCUUCCUUUCAACUUGAUCGAGUCCCUGGAGCAGCUCUGCAAACAAAGGAGCUACAAUGGUAUAAGGAAAUAGAGAGCAUGGUACCACCAAAAUUUGGAGAAAGACUCAAUGAAAAUGGCCUCACACCCGUUGCUUUAUUCACUAAGGAACACAGAGAAUUGGUAAAAGAAGGUGAGAGAUGGAUGAAGAACAACACAGCAUCAUGUAUGGUUGUCGCUGCUCUCAUUGCCACUGUCAUGUUCACAACAGCAUUUACAGUUCCAGGAGGGAACGAUAAAACAGGGUUUCCUAUUUUCUUAGGCUAUGAUGCAUUCUUGGUAUUUAUAGUUUCAAAUGCAUUAUCACUCUUCUCUUCUAGUACUUCUGUACUAAUAUUCCUAGGAAUUCUCACAGCACGUUUUGCAGAAAUAGAUUUCCUCGAGUCCUUGCCUAAGAAAUUGAUUCUUGGCCUUUUCACUCUUUUCUUCUCUGUGGUAACCAUGAUGAUAGCCUUUGGUUCCACCCUUUUUAUUAUUCUGGAGAAAAGACUUUCUUGGAUCGCUAUUCCCGUCACUAUUCUUUCCAUAAUCCCUAUUGUUUUCUUUGUAUUCUACCAAUUUCCUCUCCUGAUUCAGAUGGUGAAGAACACACACAAACGUUCAAUCUUUGACAAACCAAAGAAAUCAUAAUUAAUUCGAUUGUAUGUAUUGGAUUUGUAAUCUUUCGUUUGUUCUAUAUAUGUA